AUGGAUCCGGCUGAAGUUGAAAUAAUUUCUGUGCUCAUUGCCUCGGACAAAGUCCUCUGCCUUCGCAUAGCAUCGGAGUCCCCUUUGAUGGGCCAAUCUGCGCACAUUCUGGAUGGGUGCUUAGCACAUCUGCAGAUGAACAGAAGCCGCAUGGAGGCCGACGAGACCGAUGUGAGUGGACAAUUGCUUCCGCUCUUACGCUCAGCCGGCACUUGGCCUGAAGCCAAGAAUGCAUCCCUGCUAGAGCUGGAAGGCACGCGGGCCAUCGGAGUGGGAUCGAAUAUCAAGGCUAGGCGGCGUUCCGCGUGGCUUGCCAUGGCCUUGGCCUUCGUGGUGUCGGCCGGGCGGCGUGGGCACAACCCGCAUCAGCUGACCCGGCUUUUGAGUGAAUACGGCCUCAAUAAUUUAGCGACAACGGCCUGGCACGUGAUGUCCAAUAGACCUGCUGUCAAUGCCCCAGAAAGUGCUCAGGCGCACACGCAGGGCGUGGGCUCCGGCACGGCGCCUGAUCCUCAACCUGCCGCGAGUCCGGAGCCUGCCUCUGUAGCGGGCCGGUUUCGAUGGGGCGAGGAAAGGAGGCAAGAGCGUUCCUCUAACCCCGGCCGCUGGCGUGAGGGGCAGGUUGCACAGGACGGCAUCUCGCCCGGAGCCACCUACACACAGGGCAUGAGCACGGAUUCUGAAGUCCACCAGCCGAUGCCGGAGCCUGUCUCAGCUCAGAUUCCCUCACAUGCGGGCACUGUAUUCGGAGCCGCGGGCCGCGUGGUGCCUGGUCUCCACCAGCCAGAGGCUUCUCUGCGAAAGGACACUCGGUCUCGUGACGUGCAGGUUCCCCCGACUCCCACGUUGGAAGACAACUUCGACUUCGCGAUAGGGCUUUAUCCUGGUCUCGUGUCGAAUUUUAGUCGGGUCCUUGUCUUCAACGACCCAAUCGGUGUUGAGGAAUGCUGA